AUGCAAUUUAACAACCCUUACCAGAUGCCAGGUUAUGGGUUACAGCAGCCGGUUCAGCAACAACCCGUACAGCAACCGAUUCAGAUUCAGAUGCAGCAACACGGGUUUCAGCCCCAGGGGAUGCAACCCCAAGGAAUGCCAGUCCAGGGAAUGCCACCACAAGGCGCUCAAGCAUUGGGGAUACAAACACAGGGCAUGCAGCCGCAGGGGAUGGCGACGGUGCCGGGGGUUCAGCCUCACGGGAUGCUGCUUCAGGGAACGCAGCCGCAGGGGAUGCAGCAGCAGGGAACGCUGCCGCACGGGAUUCCGCAGCAGGGAAUGUCGGGACAAGGAAUGCCGCAGCAAGGAAUGCCGGCUCAGAGUUUGACGGUGCAAGGAUUCCCGCAGCAGGGAUUGAAUUCACAGGGGUUACAAGCGGCAGGCGCCAACCCAAACAACUCUUAUGGCAACUCCACGGGGCUGUUAGGAACAGGGGAUGCCACUUUCGUGGGCGCGCCGGGGCCAGGUGGCAUGGGCCAGGCGCAAAUGGGCCCGGGCCCCCAGGCUAUGGGUUUCCAGGGUGUCAUGCUGCCAUUUCAGCCGCAGCAGCAGGUGCUGCAGUCUCAGCAGCAAACCGUGAUGGGUGGAGUUGCACAUGGGAUGGGGUCGGUGCAGGGUAUGGCCAUGCCUAUGGAUCCCCAGCAGCAGCAGGGUCAGGGAAAGCCAGGCUUGGGGUCACAGAACGCUGCCACUGGGUUAGAAUUCCAACAGCAAGUAAUGCCUUUACAGCAGCCCGUGAUGGGCGGCAUGUUGCAACAGCAGUCAGUUAUGUCCAACCAAGUGCCACAAGUACGUGGACCGUACGUACAAGCUGGUGUGGAGCAGCAGGCUGGGAACAUGGGUCGUAUGCAGGCCCAGCUGCAAGACCUAGGUCAGGGGGGAAGCAUGCUGCCGUUUAAGCAGCCUCAACCACCUCGAAGACAGCAGGAGCAGUCCCAGCUGAAGCAGCAGCUUGGGCUGCAGCAGAAGCCGCAGCCGGGGCAGCAGCAAAAGCAGCAACCGGGACAGCAGCAAAAGCAGCAGCCGGGGCAGCAGCAAAAGCAGCAGCCGGGGCAGCAGCAAAAGCAGCAGCCGGGGCAACAGCAGAAGCAGCAACCGGGACAGCAGCAAAAGCAGCAGCAAAAGCAGCAGCCGGGACAGCAGCAAAAGCAGCAGCCGGGGCAACAGCAAAAGCAGCAGCCCGGACAGCAGCAAAAGCAGCAGCAGGGGCAGCAGCAGGGGCAGCAGCAAAAGCAGCAGCAAUCGAAACAGCCAGUAACCCCACAGCAAAACAAGUCUCAGCAGCAGCAAGAGAAAUCGGAGCAGAAGCCUCCAACGGCUGCGCUGACGGCGACAGGCAAGCAAGGCAUAGCUCAGCAGCUGCCCUCGGACGCCACGAACUCCCUGUAUUUGGAGAACUUGCCGACGGACGUCACGCACCGGGAGCUUACGCACAUCUUUCGCCCAUUCGCUGGCUUCGUUACGCUUCGCCUUGUGGUGAAGGAGCACACCAACCGUGAGAAAUCCGCGAAGGCGUUCGUCGACUUUACAGAUGCCCAAGCAGCCACCGCGGCCAUGUCAGCGCUGAACGGAUACCAGCUUGAUCUUGAGGGCCAGACACCCCACGUGUUGCGUCCCGUGUACGCCCGGCCUCCUAAGGAGCCGGCGACUGUCAACCGGGGUAUGGGAUCUAACACAAUUUUGGAUCCGCCCCCUCCUGCUGUCAACAGCAGCAGCGGGCCUCGCAAUGACGGUGUCAGCAGUGGUACGCAGAAGCGCAGCACCUCAGCUCCAGCCGGGAGCCAGCAAACUGGGCCUGGCAACGCAGGGCAUGUUGGGGUGAAUUCCCUUCGGGGCAAGCCAGCCAGCAAGGGUCCCAAAACAUAUAUUGAUGGGGGUUAUGGGGAGGGACUCCUAUCGGCAGCUGGGCCCAGCAUGGGUGCCAAGCCUUCAGGACCAGGUGCGGCACCGAUGCACGUGCAUGGACGGGGCCGGGGCAUGGGGCCGGGACACGGCGGGCGGGGUAUGGUGCACGAGGCCAUGCCGCGCGGGUAUGGCGGUCUAACAAGGAUGCGAGUUCCAGGACCAGAUUUCGGGGCGGGCCCCGAGUUUGGGCCGGGACCAGGGUUUGGGCCGGGACCGGUGCUCAUGCCCGGACCUCCUUUCGGUGGGCGGGAAAUGGGUGGAAUGAUGGAUGACAUGGGCAUGCACGGUCCUCGUGUGCCCAUGCACGGUCGCGGGUUCGUGGGUGGCCGCGGCAGGGCGCCCGGCGCGCUGGCCUUUGAGGAUAUGCCGGAAGGUGUUACUCUUGCGGGACCUGGACAUGAAGCUGACGCAUUUAAUAGGUUGGCGAAGGCGCUGGUUCGCUUUAAGCACGAGGAUUGUGUUGGCAAGGCGGUCGGGGCUGAGUUGCGCAAGUGUGUGGCCUCGCAAUGAGCACCGUGCCGUGUCCGCCACUCGGCUUUGGGGUCACAUGACCUGUGCUCCCGUUCUUUGCAUCGUAGACUUCGAAUUACUAACUGCUAGUACCGGUCCUUAUGCCGAUACUUGGCAAAGCGGGCUUGCGCGUGUCUUACAGGAUGGUUCUAAUGUGUAGGUGUCGGCGGUGUCGAAGCAUGUUCCCUCCAACAAAAAAAGAUGUGGCCCUCACAGCUUCUUGAAGUUGUAUCGUUAGUCUGAGGCGAACCAUAUCGGCUACACCACGUAUCGCUUGUAUAAAGAGACACCGAAAGUCAGGGAUAGAAGCUGUUGUACAAUCAUCGUUGAGCGCCAUGCGUUAAAUUAUGUCAUGGAGACGAUA